GGGAGGAUGUGUGGGAGCGCUCUCUGAGUUCUUUGUCACGUGAAUUUUCGUGUGCUUGUGUUAAGUUGUUAAAAAAGCGAUAAAGAUUGAGACGCAUGUUGUUAUGUAGAUGACAAUAUAUAUAUUUUGUGUUGUGUGAAAUAUUUUAGUGAGUGGUUAUGGAAGUGGAAUAUAAAAAGAAAUGAAAAAACACUUAGUGCCAGUUGAUAAUGAGUGAAUAUUAGAAAGUGUUAUACAUUUACCUGGAGUAAUUCCCAUCUACCAUGGGUAACAAAGCCUUUUCACCCAGCAAUGACGGCAGCAGAUCCAAGUCUAGAGGCGCGUCUCUGGUAUCCAGUCUCCGCCGCGGGGGAUCCCUGCGGAGGAUGUCCUUGAUGCCGCGGCCGCACAUGGAGAGCAAGUCGUGGCUCGCCGACCUGGACCUCCAGCAGUACGGCGGAUGCUUCUCCAAGUUCGGCGGCGUCGAGGAUUUCUUGUACUAUGACGAGGCUUCCAUCAAGGAGCUGGGGAUCCUUCACCAGGGACACCGCGCCAAGAUCAUGUCAUCUCUGACGAUCCUUAGGGAGAAGUACGAAAGAGACCAUAAGUUGAAGGGCGUCGAUCACAACCCGCGAUUUAGUCUGGUCGAGGGGCGACGCCAACGGAGGCCGCUGCCCAGUCCCAUCGCACCAGUCAGUGGCGAAAUGGGUGCGACCGCAUUCAGGCUCGUCGUUACUCCUCCUUUGCGGAUCCGUUCCCCAUUGCACGUCGUUCCAUGCAGGCCUGGAACAGGGCUAGGUUAUUACUGCAAGAACCCUGGAUAUUCUUCCCGCUCGACACGGAACGAUCUGUGGCUGGACACGGAAAGUGACACCUCGGAGAGAAGUCGGAGAUAUCUCUGCAGACUUGGCAACGGCGAGCGCGCCUCCCCCACUCGCGGUAUUGGGUUGCUCGUCGUAGAUACAUGGAUGUCUUUGAUUGGUCAGCAGCCUCGGUUCUUGAUUGUUUGA